GCCAAGCAGAAGUUUAACUGAAAACCAAGACUGGUCGUGCUGAAAACAAAGUAGAGUUUUCAGUUUGACGUUUUCACAAAACUUCAAUUAACCAUCCGUUUUCGUGCAUCUGAGGACUUUUAACAUUUGUUUAAUUGUAUCAAUUGCUACAUCAUCUAUAUUUUGCUUACGUAGUGACAAUUUGAAUCUACUAUAAACUGCCGAUUGUCUUUGUUUUGACACCUAAUAUGAAAAGGGUGAUGUAGCUGUGAUGAGUUCUGAAUGGGAAUGUGAAAUUAUCAGUUCAAAGAAUCCGGGUGGCGAUCGUACCAGAUAUCUAAGUCGAACAUUUGACAAGAAAGAUGGUGUUGAGAAACAUUCAUAUUUUACCCAUCUUCAUUUCUGUUUUAAUUCCAUGUUCAUUUAUACUUACAUAUGCCUUAGCUGUUUAUCUUAAACAUGUUAAAGCAGAAUUUCCAUACAUUAGUGACACUGGUACUACUGUUCCAGAGAGUUGUAUAUUUAGUCAAGCAGUCAACUUCAUUGCUUUUCUCUUGGCAUCCUUGAUGUAUAUAAGAUACAAACAAGUUGAACAGCACUACAGAGAUCAUCUUUCAUCAGAAUAUACAAUUGUACUUAGAAUCAAUAAAAUUGCUUUAUUAGUUGGAUGGUUAGGCUGCUUUGGUGUGAGUGUGUUGGCUAAUUUUCAGGAAACUUCAGUUUUAAUUGUUCAUAUGACUGGUGCAUGUUGUGCAUUUGGGUGUGCUACUGGAUAUAGUUGGUUACAGACGAUAAUAUCGUAUUAUGUCUGUCCUCUUUUGAAUUCCUUAUUUGUUGCAAGACUUCGAGUAGUGCUGUCUUUAAUACUCACUGCAGGAUUUGGACUAACUCUCAUUGCUGGGAUAAUAGCUCACAAUAGUUUCCAUGGUAAAGAUCCUACCAAGUGGAGUUAUGACGAUGGGGGAUUUGUUGCCCAUGUGAUUAGUACAGGUGCGGAAUGGGUUUUGGUUAUAGCUUUCGACCUUUUUAUACUUACUUAUGCUAAAGAAUUGAAGAGUGUUUCAAUUUCCUCACCACAGAUUAUUUUUGUAAUUGAAGAGCACAAUUUGCAAAACACCGACUUCUACACCAGUGAAGAUCACGUCAACAUCAAAACUUCUCAAAAUAGUUUACGCAUUAAUUCUGUAUCUAAUAGCCCUCAUGCUGAAUUUGGUUCAGAAAACAUGCUAACUACGCAAGCAAUUGUUCAUUAGUUAAUACUUAUGCUCAAUUAUUGUACAAAAUAUUUAUGUUUUUACCCUGGUUUUAGUUGUUAUGUGUGACGUUAAUUUUUAUUUUGUAGAACAUAAACAUUUAUGCAUUUCUCUUAUUUUAAUUCGAAGGAAUAAUAUUCUAGAAGUUGCUUCCUGUAUACCUAUCAUUUUCGGUGUAUAAUUUUAUGAAUUUCAAAAUUAAUAAUUCUAUUUACAGAAUGUUUUAUGUUCCUUGCAAAUUUUUAAAAGUUUAGCAUCUGCCAUUAUUUUAUGUAGAAAAACUGAAAAUCAAUGUAUUUAGGAAACUUUUAAAAUAAUGCUGACAAAAUUUUUCUUGCAUGGCAUUAGUCUGAAUAAUCUGUUUGACAUUUUUUUAUGUAACCCAAAACUUAGUUUAAAAAUAUCACUUAAAUUCUGCUAUUGGGGAUUUUUUCUGAAAAUCUAGAACUUUAAUGUGUAAUAAUUAGAGUUAAUUCACAAUGCAUGCUUAAACCAUAUUAUAGAAAAGAUAUAGGUAGAACCAUCCAUGGAACUAAUAUACAAUGUAUUAUAGUAAUCUGGUUUGAUAAUGAAGGAAAAAACACAAUUGUGCAUUUUGUUGCAUAAUAUAUUUUAAUCCUAAAGCAUACAAGUUCCUAUUAUGUUGCUUUUGGGUUAAACGUUAUUACUUUGCAUAAAAUAUAAAUUUCAAAAUCAGAUAAAAAUUAAUGAUAGAGGCACUGAUUUCUCACACUUACAUAUUUAUUUCUAGACAUUCUAUUCAGGGUUCCUGAUCUUUUUUAAUCUUCAAAAAUUUGUAGAUAUUAAUUACUUUACAUUUAUAAACGUAAUAUAUUUCAUAUAAUAGAUGAAUCCAUUCACUUUUCUUUUAAAACUAAGAUAAGUUCUCAAACUAUUCAAUACAUUUUAAAGAUUUAUAAAUACGUUAUAAUAGAUGGGAUGGGAUUUUGUUUUAUUCUAUGCUUUAAGAUAAGGUUUCCAUCAUCAUGUAUGAUUUAGUGUAAAAUAAUAUGUUGUAUAACUACUUUUCUUAACUGUAUUAGUCAUGGUGUAGAAGAAAAACUGUAAAUUUUUAUUUGGUUCUGAACUGAAUUGAACUGUAAUUUUGGAGUAAAAGUAAUAUUACAAGAGUGAAAAUCUGUUUCACACACAGAAAGAGGGAUCUGUCGUUUCAUGUGCUGAAGUUAAAAUAGUAUAAUGCAGUGUAGUUAAAUUUAGAGCAAUACAUACCAAAAAUGCAAAAUUAAUUUAUAAAAAUAAAGUUAACUGAUUUUAAUUACUGAUUUUGUUUUUAAAAAAAUCAUUUUAUUUAAAUCAUGAUUUAAAUCAAGGAACCCUGAUUCUAUUUAAUGCCAUUUUUCUGAAGGUAAACUGGCGGUACCUGUGAUAAAAAUAAAAUCUUUUUCAGUAUAGAAAAUUACAGAAUGUGUUAAAAAUACAACGAGAUUUUUGAAAGGAUUGGUUAAAUAGAGAAUCAAGACUUCCACCAUCAGCAGAAUAUUUUCAUGCAUGAAAAUUCAUGUUUUGGAGAGUUGCACCAAAAAGCCAAGUUUUCUUCUCUACAAAACAUAAUUUCAAAAUUAUCAGGGACCUUUUAAGGCUUUAGGUAAUUAAUUUUGUGGUAAUCGUAACCUUGUGGUGUGUGACAAUUAAUUUAAUUAAGAUUUCAGCUGUAAUAAUAGGUUAUGGGUGAUAAUUAGGAAUCUUAGAAAUGAUCUAUAUUAUUGUCACAUCAGUUCCAUUUUUGUUAAAAAGAAGGAAUUUGUACAGAAGUACUCUUCCAUAAAUUGACUUAUUUUUUCCUACCACAUAUUCCUCAGAUUACACUUGUUCUUUUAGUAUGGUCUUGUUUUAGUUUGCUACUUUUUUUUUUAAUUUUUUUUUUUUUAAAGCAUGUGCAUUAUUCCCGGUGAUAAUUUAUUUUAUUCAUACAUAACCCUGUGAAAACAUUAUUUUGAAAUAUAUAUUUUUAAAAUCGUUGAGGUGGUGAAUUAUUAAAAAUGAAAAAAUAUGUUAGAAAAACAUUCAACUAUUAAAAUUGUUGAUAUGAUGUCUUAGGAUUUACAAGGAAACCUUUUUUCACUACAUGAGAUGUGAGCUUAUGAAUAAAAGAAAGAUUUUCUGUAUCUUUUCAUUAAUAAGUUCACUUCUGUUUGCAAAGCAUCCUUGUAACCCAAAAACACAUCAAUUCUUAACAUUGAUUUUGCCAUUUAAUAUUUCACUCAUAGGUCAACUUUUUAUAUUGUACUAAUGAAUGAAAAUAUGGCAAACUAAUAUUAUGUUUCUAAUUAACUUGAAAUGUUUUGACUGCCGAUGAUUUUAUGAAAAUAAAUUAUUUUAAAAAUUGUCUUUGUACCUUGAUAAGUUCAAAAUUAUUUACUUUAACCCAUUUGCAUGUAUACUAAAAGAGGAAAAACUGGUGCUUACUGUGAAAAAAUAAUCUUAUUAGGAAACCAUUAAAAUUACAUUUUAAUACAUGAUUUGUAAAUAUUUAAAAUAAUCUUGUGUAUUUAUGUGCUUUAGCUAUAUAGCUACUGUAUGCAUUUUGAAAAUAUAAUAAUAAUAAAAAAGCUAAGCAUUCAAUUAUGUGAGUUAAAUGCAAAUCAAUUAAGUUGUUAAGUAUUAUGUUAUUUUAUGUAUUUAUAUCAAACUGGUUUAACAUGUGACAAGAGUUGUUUGUUUCAGAGUUUUUACAGUGCAAGGAUCCUUAAAAAGUCCUUAUUUUAUUUUAAAGAAGUUAAGUUUCUUUUUUCUUGCCAAGAAAACAUAUCUUGCUAAAAUUUAAAAAAAAGUGUUAGAAAAAGAGAGGGAGUAAUGAGAUAUGGUAAUUUGCGAGACAAAUCCAUCCCUGUCAUAGUGAGAAAAUGAGAAAUGUUCCGAGUAUUGAAUGUUUUUUUUUUUAUUUUUUAUUUUAAUGUACCCCCACUUUCUUGUUGGUAUUUUUUGCAUUAAUAUGCAAGUCUUUCUGUAUUCUGAUAUUUACAACAUUCUUGGAAGCAUUUUUGAUCAUUCGAAUUAAUACUUUAACCCAUGUUUUGAAGUCGAUUGCAAAGAUAACUUUAAAGAUUGUUAAUAUUUUAAAUGCCUUUUUCAGGGUUCUCACUCACUUUGAAAAAUGAAAUUCGCCUCACGUUUUCCAGAAAAAAUCUUUGAAAUUCCAGACUUGAUUUUUGAAUUUGCAGCUUUUCUAAUAAAUCUAAAACUUAUGAUUUCCUUUAAAACAUGAGCAAAAACUAGCUAUUAAGCAUUUGAUAUUGGAGCUAUAGUUGUUAUUCUUUAAUGAUUCUUUCUGCUUAUACGGUUUAGUCUUUGAGUAAGUACUCACUUCAUACGCAAAUAUGUUCAUUCACUUUGAUUUUAGCACAGUGGGUAAAGACAGUGGUGCAGUGAAGGGGGAUUUUUGGGGCUAGAAACACCUCCUGAAGCCUUGGUUUUAGUAUUAUUGCCAAUCCUACUACAGCAGGUUAUACACAUGUAAGGACUGUUUUGAUUUAAAAAAAAACCCUCCAGAAGAUAAUUCUGGCUGUACUAGGGGGUAAAGAACAUAAGAACCUACUUACUGUAGCAGCCUUGAUGCAAAAAAUGUUUUUCCGAGUAUUUUCGCAAUUUUCCAGGUUUUUGAUAAAAUUAAUCCUUUUCUCUGACAUUUCCAUGACCUUUUUUGAUUAAAAUUCAAUUUCCUUGCAAUUCCAGGCUCCCUUGACCUUCAGAACCCUGCUUUUUUGUGAACCAUAUGAAUUUUUAUUUUCAAUUCACAAUGAAUUUCAAUGAACUGUUACAGCCGAUAGUUGUACUUAAGUUGACUACACAUCCCCACUUUAAAGAUCUGCAGACUAAAAAUGUUUUUUGCAAUUUUGCCUAAAAAACAAAACUUGUCUCAUUUCUCCACAUUUCUCUCAACUGAAAUCUACUUCCUAUUUUAUUGUAAUAACCCAUGUUUUUAACAAAUAUUUAUUUAAAACUUGGAGCAAAAUAAACCUGUUUGUUUUUACUUCCCCAAGAGUUCUCAUGUUUGUUAACUAUUUAAUUUUCUGAAAUGUAAAAUUGUUUUAUGUAUGCUCAACAAAGAUCUUUUGCAUGGAAAAUGUAGUAAAUUUUUUCCCAAUGCUUGUCAUGUUUAUAUUUUAAAUUAUUUAUUAUCAUAAAUAUUAUAUUUAUGAAUGUAUACACAUUUGUUUAUUCUUGUGGAUUUUGCCAAAUUUGUUACAAUACAAUAUUCAAAAUAUUUUUCCUCUAUGUACACGUACAAGAUGUUUUAAUAGCUUAAUAAAUAUUUUACAUAUGAAAAUUACUUUCAAAUUAAUGUCUUAUGAAUGCUGUUAACUUAUCAGUAGAGCCUGGAUUAUAUGCACAAUGAAAUCAAUUUAUGCAGUGAAAUUUAUUAUUUCGCCAUGCAAAUAAAAGAUUUUCUGGAUAUAAUGACACAAAUAGCCUUUCUAUAAUUUUUGACAACAUGUAAUAU